GUGUCACCCGUCGCCAUGGCGCUCGGUACGCCGCAGCACGGCUGUUCCUGAUUGGCCGAGGCGCACCGGCGCAGCGGAAGAAGAGGUGUCGGCAUUGGCUCAGCCGGCGCCGGUUGGUGGCCUAAAGCGGGAUUUGAUUGUGCCAACGGUGCGGCCGGCGGUGCAGUCCCCGGGGUGGAGGGGACCGGCGGUGGGCUGGGGGGUGGGCGGGGCGGGCCACCCCCCGAUCCGGAGCCGCCGGUGGCAGCAGCAGGGACGAUGAGGAAGAGGACUUAGAAACUGGCCUACAGGAGGGACGCUCCCUCAGGCGCGGAAUGCCAUGUUAAUUCUGGGGCAUUGAUGUUUUACAAUGCCUGAUCAAGACAAAAAGGCGAAGACCACAGAAAAAUCAACUGAUAAAAAACAACAAGGAGUCACCACCAGGGACUAUUCAGAUCUUAAAAGACUUCGUUGCCUUUUGAACGUUCAAUCAAGCAAACAACAGCUUCCAGCCAUUAACUUCGAUAGUGCCCAAAAUAGCAUGACGAAGUCUGAGCCUGCCAUCAAGGUGGGUGGACACAGAACCCGAGGUCAGUGGCAUGAGUCCACAGAAGCUGUUGAACUUGAAAAUUUUAGUAUAAACUACAAGAAUGAGAGAAACUUCAGUAAACAUCCGCAGCAUAAACUGUUUCAGGAGAUCUUUACAGCCUUGGUGAAAAAUAGACUCAUAUGCAGAGAGUGGGUUAAUCGAGCCCCAUCUAUUCACUUUCUGAGAGUAUUAAUCUGUCUGAGACUACUAAUGAGGGAUCCAUGUUAUCAGGAGAUACUCCAUAGCUUGGGCGGGAUUGAAAACCUAGCGCAGUACAUGGAGAUCGUGGCCAAUGAGUACCUCGGCUAUGGGGAAGACCAGCACAGUGUGGACAAGCUGGUCAAUAUGACAUAUAUUUUUCAAAAACUUGCUGCUGUCAAAGACCAAAGAGAAUGGGUCACCACAAGUGGAGCCCACAAGACAUUAGUAAAUUUACUUGGUGCCCGAGAUACUAAUGUUUUGCUGGGUGCCCUUCUGGCUCUGGCUAGUUUAGCUGAAAGUCCAGAAUGUAGGGAGAAGAUAAGUGAACUCAACAUUGUAGAAAAUCUGCUGAUGAUUUUACAUGAAUAUGACUUGCUUUCCAAAAGAUUAACCGCAGAGUUACUGCGCCUACUUUGUGCCGAACCCCAGGUAAAGGAGCAGGUGAAGCUCUAUGAGGGGGUACCCGUCCUCCUCAGCCUGCUCCACUCGGACCACCUGAAGCUGCUCUGGAGUGUUGUCUGGAUUCUGGUUCAGGUUUGUGAGGACCCUGAGACCAGUGUGGAAAUUCGCAUUUGGGGAGGCAUCAAGCAGCUUCUUCAUAUUUUACGAGGAGACAGAAAUUUUGUUUCUGAUCGUUCUUCCAUCGGCAGCCUGUCGAGUGCAAAUGCGGCAGGCAGAAUCCAGCAGCUUCAUUUGUCAGAAGACCUAAGCCCUCGGGAAAUACAAGAAAAUACUUUUUCUCUUCAAGCAGCCUGCUGUGCUGCCCUCACCGAGCUGGUGCUGAACGACACCAACGCCCAUCAGGUGGUCCAGGAAAAUGGUAUAUAUACAAUAGCAAAGUUAAUUUUACCAAACAAACAAAAGAAUGCAGCAAAAACUAAUCUGUUACAGUGUUACGCGUUCAGAGCAUUGAGGUUUCUAUUCAGUAUGGAAAGAAACAGACCACUCUUUAAAAGGCUUUUUCCCACCGACCUGUUUGAGAUCUUCAUCGAUAUAGGACAUUAUGUUCGUGAUAUCAGCGCUUAUGAAGAAUUGGUAUCCAAGUUGAAUUUGUUAGUGGAUGAUGAACUGAAGCAAAUUGCUGAAAAUAUUGAAAGCAUUAAUCAGAAUAAAGCUCCUUUGAAAUACAUAGGCAACUAUGCAGUUCUGGAUCAUCUUGGAAGUGGGGCUUUCGGCUGUGUUUACAAGGUUAGAAAGCGUAGUGGUCAAAAUCUUUUGGCAAUGAAAGAGGUCAAUUUACAUAACCCAGCAUUUGGAAAGGAUAAAAAAGAUCGAGACAGCAGUGUAAAGAAUAUUGUUUCUGAAUUAACCAUAAUUAAAGAGCAGCUCUAUCAUCCCAAUGUUGUACGCUAUUACAAAACAUUUCUGGAAAAUGAUAGGUUGUAUAUAGUUAUGGAGCUGAUAGAAGGGGCCCCUCUUGGAGAGCAUUUCAGUUCUUUGAAGGAAAAACAGCAUCAUUUUAUUGAAGAAAGACUAUGGAAAAUAUUUAUACAGCUGUGCUUAGCUCUUCGGUACUUACACAAGGAAAAGAGGAUUGUCCACAGAGAUCUAACGCCAAACAACAUUAUGUUGGGGGAUAAGGACAAAGUAACAGUGACUGACUUUGGGCUGGCAAAGCAAAAACAAGAAAACAGUAAACUAACAUCUGUUGUUGGAACAAUCCUGUAUUCCUGCCCUGAGGUACUGAAGAGCGAGCCGUAUGGGGAGAAGGCUGAUGUCUGGGCGGCAGGCUGCAUCCUUUAUCAGAUGGCAACUCUGAAUCCUCCCUUCUACAGCACCAACAUGCUCUCCCUGGCUACAAAAAUAGUGCAGGCGGUAUAUGAACCAGUGCCAGAAGGCACCUACUCUGAGAAAGUGACAGAUACCAUCAGCAGGUGCCUCACUCCUGAUGCAGAAGCCCGCCCAGAUAUUGUAGAAGUCAGCUCGAUGAUAUCAGAUGUCAUGAUGAAGUAUUUAGACAACUUAUCUACAUCCCAGCUGGCUUUGGAGAAGAAGCUGGAACGGGAACGGAAGCGCACGCAGAGGUACUUUAUGGAAGCCAAUCGGAAUGCUGUCACAUGUCACCAGGAGCUGGCUCUGUUAUCUCAUGACACCUUUGAGAAGGCAAGCUUGAGUAGCAGUAGCAGUGGAGGCACCAGCCUGAAGAGCGAACUUUCAGAAAGCGCGGACCUGCCCCCCGAGGGCUUCCAGGCCCCCUGCAGUAAGGAUGAAGACAGGGCCUGUGAUGAAAUCCUGUCCGAGGAGACCUUCAACUUGGAAAAUAUUGACAAAGACAUGUACUCAGAGCUAGAUGAGGAAUUGGACAUUUCGGACAACUCCAGCAGCUCCAGUUCGAGCCCUGUGAAAGAAUCUACAUUCAGCAUUUUAAAGAGAAGUUUUAGUGCCUCGGGAGGAGAAAGACAAUCCCAAACAAGGGACUUCACUGGUGGAAUAGGAUCCAGACCAAGACCAGCUUUGCUGCCUCUUGACCUGCUUCUGAAAGUACCACCCCUCAUGCUCAGGGCCCACGUUAAGGAGCUAGAGGCCGAGUUAGUGACGGGGUGGCAGUCCCAUAGCCUUCCCGCUGUGAUUCUUCGCAAUCUCAGAGAUCAUGGGCCACAGAUGAGCACAUUCUUGUGGCAAGCAUCUGCAGGGAUUGCUGUGUCCCAGAGGAAAGUACGACAGAUCAGUGAUCCUAUUCAGCAGAUCUUAAUUCAGCUGCACAAAAUCAUCUACAUCACACAGCUUCCUCCAGCUUUGCACCACAAUUUGAAAAGAAGGGUUAUAGAGAGAUUCAAGAAAUCCCUCUUCAGCCAGCAGAGUAACCCUUGCAAUUUGAAAUCUGAAAUUAAAAAGUUAUCUCAGGGAUCUCCAGAACCAAUCGAGCCCAACUUUUUCACAGUGGAUUACCAUUUAUUACGUUAUUCAUCAAGUGGAAACAGCCUGUCCCCAGAUGACCCAACAGGUCUGUGCACCAGCUUUGAUUUGGAGGAGGGAAUAACGUAUGAACAGAUGCAGACUGUGAUUGAAGAAGUCCUAGAAGAAAGUGGCUAUUACAACUUUAAAUCUAACAGAUAUCACUCCUAUCCAUGGGGGACCAAGAAUCACCCAACCAAAAGAUGAAAACCCUGCAUUUUGAACAGACUUGGUUUUCCUAGUGAAGCUCAGGUUCUGGACUUCAGCUCAACCAGAUGCCCAGGGAUUGGGAGCUGCUGGAAGGGUGUGGAAAAGACAAGACCGAGAUGCCAUGGCACCUGCAAGGCCUCUUUCUGGAGGUCCUGUGCUAGGUUAUGUGGCCGCAGCAGUGUGGGAAGGCUCUGCUCCUCGCAUCCAGCAGGCACGAGAGGACAGGGCUCUCAGCGUGCUGCUGGGAGAAAAUGCUGCAAAAUUCAUCUGUGGGAAGAAAACUCGCUCCUCACAGAACUUUUCCUCCACGUUAAAAAACAAGAGAAAACAAAACAAACACACAAAAAGUCAUAUUUUUCAAUGGGAUAUUUUAUAUUUAGAGUUGCCGAAACUACGUUUAAAGGCAUCUAGCCUUCCAUGUAUAAAAAUAGUUUUAGAGAGGGAAAAUUACAGGCCCCAGAGUAAUAAUAUAUUGGGUGAUUCACUGUAUUCCCCCAUUGUUUUUUAUUUUAAAAGAAAUUCAAAAUAGGUGAUUGAAUUUUGUUGUUGUUUUUGUUGUUGUUGUUUUAAGGAAAGGAUUGGUUCUCUCUUAACCACUUGGGUGCUAGUGGCCUAAAGACGGUAGACAGUAUUUGUAACCUUGCACAGCCUCUGGGACUAACUGUCAAAUUGUCGGAUGUAAGCUACACUAAUAGAAUAUGUUGCUGUACAAUGUCUAUAUACAUCUAGAAGGGGGGAGGAAGGAGAGGUUUUGAUUAGGCUAAUGCUUUGCUGCUAAUCAAACUUAUAGUGUUUUUAGAGCACUUUGAAGACUUCAUGGAAUCUAUGAAAGAGAUGCAAUAUUCCUUAUUCUAAUUCCCUUCUUACUAAAAUUAGCCCCAUUGUUUUACAGUUUUUAUUAUUUGAGAAUUUGAAAUGAAAAUAAGCUAUAUAACGAAAUAUAAGUCGCUUCUUUAUUCACCGAGACAUCCCUAAAAACAUAAGAAAUCAGAACACCAAAUAGUGUUUCGUUCCUUUGUAGGGAGACUUGACGAUGAAAAUUCUCUAGAUUCUUAUUGGGCUAAAAUCUCUUCAACUGGCUUCUGUUCACUGGUGGAUCACCAAGACGUGCCCUUAUUACCAAGUCAGACUGCACUUCUAACUGCUUAAAGGGCAUUCUAAUUCUAUAUAAUUAGUCAUCUGGAAGCUGGAAUUCUGCUUUUUAUUUACUUCUCACUGAGUUCUGGUAUCUUUAUUUACACUGAUAUAUUUUUAGCAUCAUUGAACAGGAUUUAGUUCAAUAUAUUUUACAGUGACUGAAACCUAAGAACCUUUUGUAUAGUAUGGAAAAUCUCGUAAUGUGAAUCCAUACUAUUUUUACAAUUUGUACAUCCAAAACUUAAACGAUAUCCAAAUGUCCUUUAACUAAUGCCUUUGAAAAUUGCCAAUGAAUCUUUGUCUUUAAGCCAAAUUAAUGAUUACAAAUACACUGUAAUUUUAAAUAACAGAUGCAAUUACAGUAAUGAAAAAUGUCAGUUUCAGCCUUCAAACCAAUUCCAUCCAUAUGUGAAAUUUAUGUGUAAAAUUAAAAUGCUAUGAUUUUGUUGACUUACCCAGGUAAGAUUUUAUUUCCAUCCCAACUGAAUUUGAACUUGCACUAUUAUUUUUUAUAUCUGUUCCUGUAUGGAAUGGGCACGUUUCCUCACUGUGUAGGAGGCACAGGCCCACAGGGGCAUAAAUUGUAAUUGUGAUAGACGCCAACACCUGGAAAGAAACCAAGCUGUGGGUGAAAGUUUGAACAAUAAAGUUCUUUCUCAAAUGAUAAUAUAUGCUCAACAACAUUUAGAAGAGAAGAGUAGUCAGAGGUCACACCUUAGUAAAAAAAAUAAAAAAGAAAAAAAAAAGAAAUGAUUUAUUUAAAGGUGUUUUCAAAUGCAUACAGUUGCCCUUAUUGACCAGAAAGGGAGCAAAAUGUUUCCAUCUAUUUCUUUUAGACCAUAGAAGUGGCAUUUAUUAUUCUAGAAACCAGUACAGAUUAACAAAGAUAAACACACGGAUGUCCUGUUCAACAGCAGCUUUAGGCCUGUCACCUCUAUGCUGACAGAUGCAUUCUUUUGCCAAAGUCAUGAAUGUGUUUUAUUUGAUUCCCUUCUUAAACGACCAGUCACUGGAUCCACAUUCUCCCGGUGCAAGGGCAGGCCUCCGAGAGAAAGUUAGGCACUGGAAAGGGAUCGCUUUUGGGUAUGGAGUCUCAUCCCAACAGUGAUGUUACCUUUUCAAAAGCCCUCACUUUCUAACUCUCCAACCAGGAGUCCCCUGUCGUCACAAAAGAACAAGAAUGAUCAUUUUGUUUUCACUCUGAACUGCGUUGUAGUGCAAAGAAGUUGUUGAGUGUAAUCGGCCUCAUAGUUUUUUCUUGAUUACAUUUAAAUUUUUUCUUUUUCUCUUGUAUAUAAUUGUUAAUUAUUUGUUGUGCAAUGAAAUCCCCAUCUAACUCUCUGUCACUGAAUAUUUGUAUAGGACAGAAUCUGAAUCAGCUUUUCAGAUCACUUUGGAUACACACAUGGCUCAGUUAAUUGUGUUUUGAUCUACCAACUCUGCACGUGUGCACUUGAAACCUGAAUUUGCUUUUUAAAAGCAGAAUGUUCCAUUUUCAGGGAAGUGACUGCAGCAGGCACAUGUGCUUGCCGGUUGUUAACCUUGUCUUCUUCCAGAUAUUUGAUAUGUAAUUGGAGGUCCCUAAGGAAUAGUAACGUGGACAGUGGACCCAGUGCUCAUGGGCGAACUUCAGGAACUUGCUAGAGAAAGGCUGUUUGGGUAUAAUGUGGACACUUGUGUGGCACCGGGCAGUGUGCACAGCGUGGGCAUUCUAAAGCAGACCCUAAUUAAGAAAUGCUGUUAUGAAGUUAACCCAAAUGAUGGAACUGAGUGGGAGUCAAGGUCUUCUUAGAGGUACCAUCUAUGACUUAUGAAAUACCAUGAAUUUUGAUGAUCAAAAACAAAUACAGGACCAGUUGAUUGCAUGCAAUUCCAGCAAUAGCAUCAGUUUUUCACCACUCAUAUCUAAGAUGUGUGAGGGCAAUAAUGUGUAGUCAAUUCCGUCAGUAUUAAUAUGCAUAGAAUCCACAUCCCUCUGGUUGAUUUGCUGAAUCGCAAAAUAUUUUUAUUGCUAUUUCUCUCUCUUCUUUGGAAUGACGAGGGACCAUGUGCAGUAGAUAUGUUGGAUUCCUUUAGAAAUGGCUUCGGCUUCUAUUGGAAGGUGGGAAAUACUUCUUUGUAAGGUACUUUUAUUGUUUGCCUUUCACUUUUUCUAUGGUAUGUAUUCACAAUACAGAAAUCAGCUGGAGAGGCAAUGCAGAGAAAUCAGGGUGAAGCACAUCUUCAGCACCGCGGAGAUGCAGCUAUCAUGUACUGACCUUGUCUCUUGGGGGUGAAAUUCCAUCAAAACAUGAAAUUCUUCAUGUUCAACAACUACAUGUGAUAAUAAGUAUAUUUUAUGUA